AUGCUUAUCGAUCAUUUUUUCAAGUCCAACGCGUGUUUCAGUUAUGAAACCCUGCGCGCCGCAGGGUACAGUAAUUAUGGUGGAGCAGACCUCGGAGAAGUGAUAGCGAUCACCUCCAAAAUUCGAGCGGGAAACGAGGAUGACUGGCUAGUCGAAUGGAAAAAAGCAGCCGACCGAGCAUUCACUAGUGCAGAGCAAUCAGCAUCAGUCAACAACACAGUCAGUGCCCACGAGGGAUACCUGCGGGCCUCGAAUUACUAUAGGACCGCUGAGUUCUUCUGUCGCGAUGACUAUGACAACGACGAAACGGCACAGCUCGUGUAUGAACGAUCAGAGACCGCAUUUGAGGAGGCGAUGAAGCUCUCUGUAUAUAGGUACGAACCUAUCAAGAUUCCCUACCAAGGGACAACACUCCCUGGAUACUUUGUCAGCCCGACUGGCACGGGCAGUCCACGACGCACUAUUAUCUUCAACGGUGGCUAUGACUCAACUUCGAGCGAAGCCUGGUUUGCGAUUGGAGCUGCAGCUCUAGCACGAGGAUACAAUUUUCUCGCCUUCGAUGGGCCCGGCCAAGGUGCAGCUGUACGACGACAGCACCUCUACUUCCGUCCCGACUGGGAGAACGUGCUAACCCCCGUGGUUGACUUCGCCUUAACUCGAAAGGAAGUCGACCCCAAUGCUAUAGCCAUCUUCGGCUGGAGCAUGGGCGGAUACCUGGUGGCACGAGGAGCCACGCAGGAGCAUCGAGCACAGGCCAUUAUCCUGGACGAUGGAGUGUACGAUUUCGGGUCUGCUUUUCGGGCCAACCAGCCAUCCUUUGUGCAAAGACUAGUUCAAAACGAAUAUGAUGGACUGUCCAAUUUUAUUUUUGGCUGUGCACAGUCUCUAGACACGGGUGUUCGGUGGGCCCUGCGCAACGGUAAAUGGACUUUCGGGGUGGCAUCAGAGGCGGAACUGAUGCGCACGGUCAAUCUGUAUACCUUGGAAGGCCUAGCUCAGAAAAUUGUGAGCGCUUGUCUGGUUCUUGACGCAGAAAAUGAUCACUUCCUAAAAGGUCAGCCGGAGUUGCUUUGCAAUCAUUUAAAGUGUGAGUACGAGUUCGUCAGUCUAGGAGCUGACGAAGGUGGCGACACGCAUUGCCAUCAAGGUGCCUUCUUCAGGUUACAUCAAGUUAUCUUUGAUUUUCUGGCAAGGCGUCUGGCCUGA